CUCGCCACAAAAAACUUGACAUUUUUUUUUUCUAAGACCCAAAUCAUGGACCGUUUUGAGUGGUCGGACGGUUCCCUGAUGAAUGGUGAGGUUCAUAUUGAUCAACAAAGAGGUGUAGGAAUUUACGACGGUCAUGACAAGACAUCUUUUGAUUAUGGGAUGUUGAGUGUCACAAGUCAUAGAAUAAUUUGGAGAGAUCACAGAAACAGGAAUUCUGUGAUAUCAUUACCAUUGUUGUCUGUUAUUUAUCUUGAAGAACAACCGUCAGGAUUUGCUAAAAGUGCUAAGAUAAUUGUACAUCUGAGUGCUGCACCAAGUAACAAAUCAGCUGGUCCCUCGACUUACAGCGCCCACAGUUAUAUUAGACUGUCUUUUAGAGAGUCUGGAGAACACGACAUAUUAAGAAGUUUAGAUGAAGCUCUACAAGCCAAGAAAUGGGAACAAACAUCAGCACCACUAUCUCAAACUGGAACUGUGAUUAAAGAUCCAUUUUCGGCUCGUCACCGUCCUGGUAUCGUAGGAAUUGAAAGAUCAAUUCAACAGAAAAACACCCACACUAAUAAACAAAUCUCUGUGGCUUUCGAAGAUUUAAAUAAACUCAUACAACAGGCCAAGGAAAUGGUGUCGUUAACUAAAAGUAUCGCCACUAAAAUAAAAGAGAAACAGGGUGAUAUCACAGAGAAUGAGACUAGAAAAUUUAAAUCAUAUUUAUUGUCUAUGGGUAUCCCGAAUCCUGUUACCAGGGAAACGCACGGUACUGGAGAUAAAUACUAUACAGAACUAGCUCGACAACUUUCUACAGUUCUUACUAAACCUGUCGAGGAGAGUGGAGGUAUGAUGACUCUAACUGAUGUUUAUUGUAGAGUCAACAGAGCCAGAGGCAUGGAGUUAUUGUCCCCUGAAGAUCUACUACAUGCCUGUGAAUUGAUGGAAGUUUUAAAUUUACCCAUCAGAUUGCGUACGUUUGAUAGUGGUGUCUUGGUUUUACAAAGUAAGAGUCAAGAUGAAGAACAAGUCAUAGCACACACUACUAACUACGUUGGAGAGAAUGGAAAUUGUACAGCAGAAGAACUAGCUCAAUGUCUCGGUGUUUCUGUUUUACUCGCCAAGGAAAGAUUAUUAUUAACCGAGAAAGUGGGUGGUGUUUGUCGAGAUGAAACUAUCGAAGCUCUCCGAUUUUUCCCAAAUUUAUUUCUAACUAGACCUGCCUAGAGUUAUCUCUCUCUUAUCUUUUAGAAUCUGCUGUAAUAAUUCUAUGUAAUAUUUAUAUAUAUUGUUUAUAUUAUAUGUAAAUAAUAAAAUAUUCUCUGGAGUUG